UCAUGCCAACGAAUAGUAUUUAAAUCAUUGCUAAAAUUGAAUCAAUAUUCAGUUAACAAGAAAGAGGUUUUACACAAUCACCAAAAUACCAAAAAAAUGCGUCUCUUUGCAACGUUCGCUACUUUAAUAAUUGCUAUUACUGGAAUUUGUGGCUAUUCGGCUCCUAAAAGCUAUAAUGAGGCUUCUGCCAGCAGUUAUGAGGCAAAUCCUGGCAAUUACCAUCCGUCGACGGGAGGCUCGGAGUCAAACAAUGACAAUUCCGCCAGCGCUGCAUAUCCGCAAGAUGUCGACACUCAACGUUAUCAAAAUUACGAAUAUCCGACUUCUUAUGGCAGUGGCGGUCAAAAUGGUCCAUAUGCACCAGAGAAUUUACAUGGCGACAGUGCCUCUUCGUCGGUCACUUAUCCAAACAAUAAAGGGGAAAUUUUAAUUCAUCGACCUGCACCAAUAAUUGUCAAACGUCCCCCCACAAAAGUGUUGGUAAAUCACCCGCCUUUAGUAGUUAAACCUGCUCCGGUCGUUUUGCAUAAGCCCCCAGCAGUUGUUAUGCGCAAAGUCUAUGUCAAACAUCAUCCACGUCCUGUUAAGGUUGAACCCGUAUACGUUAAUGUUGUGAAACCACCAGCAGAAAAAUAUUACGUUAAUGAAAAGCAACAUCAAUAUCAAAACUCUCAAUCAUAUGCACCAGCAGAGAAGUAUUUUGUAAAUGAAAACCACGAGCAUCAAUAUCAAUCAUACUUACAUCAGCCCAGAUACGAAUCAUCUCAAUCACCAACAGUCGAAACGAUUAGCGUAGAUAACUCAGCCGCAAUGAACGCAUAUCAACAACACUACGCCAACAAUCAAGUUUUAACUCAAACAGGCCAUGUGAACAAUGCUGAUCGAUAUGAUGCUUCGUCCAAUGUUCAUACGUCCACACCUUAUAACGGUCAAUCUUAUUAACAAAUGCACUCAAUACUGGGGAUAAUCUCAAUAUUCUCA